GUGGUGCUGAGGCUUUUGCGAAGCAAAAAUGUCUGCCUAAGGGAAACUCGUAACUGAUAUAUAGAGGAUAUUUUCUCUGGCAUUGCCGUUUUAACCCACAGUCCGCUAUUUUGAGGCACACACCAAGAAAGCGCGCCUUCACCAGAUCACCCUAGUCGGGAUUUUAAUCGGAAAAAGGUUUCUAGCUCGUCAGGAUGAAUCCUCAGCAGCGGAUUGCCGCUCUCGGAACAGACAAGGAGUUAAGUGACCUGCUGGACUUCAGUGCGAUGUUCUCUCCGCCUGUAAACGGAGGGAAGAACCGGCCCACCACUCUUGGAAGCAGUCAGUUCAGUGCACCAGGUGUGGAGGAGCGGACCAACCAAGCAUCUUGGACCCCAGGUGGCGAGUCCAGUCCCUCGUAUGAGUCCUCCCGGGGUUUUGCUGACAGCCCUCAUUACGGCAAUCAUCUGAGUGACAGUCGAUUAGUGACCAAUGAAGGAUUGUCCCCAACACCUUUUAUGAACUCCAACAUAAUGGGUAAAUCACAGAGGGCUUCAUUUCUUGGCUUUGGGAGGGAUCCUGGAGCAUCAGGAUGCCAGUCCUCUGUACGGCCGGACAUUGGGUUGGCGAGUCCGAGUCCAGUGACUCCGUCGGUGAAGUCAUCAGCUCCCUUAUACUCCUUCACUGCAGCCAAUCCUAGAAGACGUUCUCUACAAGAUGCUCCACCUGUCGAUCCUCUACAAACAAAAAAGGUUCGAAAGGUCCCUCCUGGCCUGCCUUCAUCUGUGUAUGCACCGUCUCCGAACUCGGAGGACUUCAACAGAGAUUCUCCCUCGUACUCCUCUCCCAAACCCUCCAGCAGUAUGUUUGCAAGCACUUUCUUUGAUGGUACCCACAGUUCAUCUGAUCCCUGGAACUCGUCCAACGGGAUCAGUCAGCCAGGCUAUGGGGGAAUGCUCGCAGGAUCUUCAUCUCACCUGCCACAGUCAGGAAACUACAACAGCCUGCAGGCACACGACCGUUUGAAUUACCCCACACACUCAGUCUCUCCAGACAUCAAUGCCAGUCUUCCCCCCAUGUCCAGCUUCCACCGGAGCAACAGCAACACUUCACCAUUCGUUACAGCAUCGCACACGCCGUCAAGCAACUCAGCCGACGGGGUCAUGGCGGCUGCAAAUCGAGGGAAUGCCACUGGAAGCUCACAGACUGGAGACGCACUGGGCAAGGCUUUAGCCUCGAUUUACUCACCUGACCACACUAACAGCAGUUUUCCAUCCAACCCGUCGACACCUGUGGGGUCUCCCUCACCUCUGACUGCCACAGCAGGGGCUGCAUCAGCAGGUACCGUGGUGACUGCAUCCAGCACCCCGUCUGGAAGGCCAGGUACCAACCAGUGGCCCCGUACCAGUGGACAGACCCCUUCCUCUCCAAAUUAUGAGAACUCCCUUCACUCUCUGUCUCGAAUGGAGGAUCGUCUGGACAGACUGGAUGAUGCAAUCCUCGUUCUAAGGAACCAUGCCGUGGGCUCCACCGCCAGUCUGCCCAGUGACUUGCAGAGUCUGCUGGGACAGGCGCAAAAUGGGCCAAUCGCAGCAAUUGGAGCAAACUUCCCUGCCUCUGCAUUGGUUGCAAAUCGGACAGCGGCAAUGGGUGGUGCCCACGCUGAUGAUGCCGUCGGUCUCAACAAUAGCCAUGGAGGUCUGCCCAGCACCUGCUCUACAUCCACCGCAGAACUCAACCAACAGUUGGAAGCAUUCAGAGGUCUUUUGCACUCUUAUCAUCACAUUAUAUUGCUGUCACAUUAUGAAAAAGAGCGAGCUCAGUUGUUGUUCAGUAUCUUACCUCCUUCACCAUCUCCUGCAGGUCUUACUUCAGCCCUGGCUGGCCAUCUGCCUGCCGCCCUGGAGCUGAAGGUGGAGAAACAGGACAAGGAUGAGAUGGAGGAUAACCUCUCCGCUGAUGACAGGUCUGAUGAUGAGAGCGACAAAAGAGAUAUGAGGACACCCAGACCAGGCACACAUACAAGCAUCGCUGAAGAUGAGGACCUGAAUCCGGAGCAGAAGGCUGAGCGUGAGCGCGAGAGGAGGAUGGCCAACAACGCUCGUGAACGCCUGAGGGUGCGGGACAUUAACGAGGCCUUCAAGGAGCUGGGUCGCAUGUGUCAGCUGCACUUAAAGAGCGAGAAGCCCCAGACCAAACUGCUCAUCCUCCACCAGGCCGUGGCUGUCAUACUUAACUUGGAGCAGCAAGUCAGAGAGCGGAAUUUGAACCCCAAAGCAGCCUGCCUUAAGAGGAGGGAGGAGGAGAAGGCGUCCAGAGGCUCCAUUGAUGCUCAACAAGCUCACACAGGGGUCCAUCCAGGCCUGACUGAUGCAUCCAACCCCAUGGGCCACCUCUGAGUAGCAGACAGAUCAAAAUGAUCCAGAACAUUUCUGUCCCAUUUGAGUCAGUGUUCUUGCUUACCAGUGACAGACAGGACUCUCAGUUUGUGAAACCAGUUGGAGGAGACAGACCACUUGAAGGAAAACUACGAGGCUCACACAAACCAAUCCUUUGAGUGAAGAAUGAAACAAGCGUCCAGCUUCCAGUUACCAGUUUUCAUCUGCAAAUUUCUUCCCAAAAAGAAAAAAAAAAAAAAAAAACCUUCAGCACAUAUCAAUGUCUGCAAGAAGUGUGUUGCUUCUGAACAAUCAGAGACUUCGCAAUCUCCUCCAACCGUUCAUGGAAAUUGCCUUGUGCCUAUUGACGAAUGCAUUGUAAGAGCAAUUGUUCUUUUGUUUGUCUGUUUCUUUUUUUUUUUCUAUUUAUUAUGUUACUGAGCUAUAAAGUGUAUGUCUAAAGGGAAAGUGAAGCAAAUUCAGAGAGAAAUAUGCAGCUUUUCAGUUGAUCUAUUGUUUGCCAGUGUCACCGUUAAAACUGAGCACUCCACCCUCAUAAAUCUUUGGCGAGUCUCGAGAUGAGGGGGAACUAUUUGGGCACUGAAAGGAUUAAUUUAUUGGCCAUUUUCUGAGUCAUAUUUAUACCCAACUGACACGAUAAUUUGCUGUUUGGAUAGAAGACGUAAAUGCGCCCCUUGUUCAAAGAAAAAGAUUAUAUAUUAUUUAUAUUUAUAUUUUUUAAAUUCUGCCACUGGCCACACGCAUAACCAAAACUACCUAUGUUUGUUUCUGUGUAGUUUAGAUACGUUUCUGUGCUACUGACAGCCCGACUACAUUAGCGUCAUCAAUAUUGUCUUCAAAGGUGACAGGCGAAGUGCAAACUCUAGGUUUACUGAAAGCUAAGUUAGAGUCUUUUUGUGUCCUCGGUAGUGAGCAGCAGAAUUACAGAGAGCAAUCUACUUGCAAACCUUUGCAUUCCCUGAAGUUUGUAGUGUCUUAACUAAAGGAAAAAGGGGAAGUUGUUGUCCUCCUUCGCCAUAUAGUGUUAAAUGUAAGCAGUGAGGUUUUUUUUUUUUUUUUCAGGUUCUUGUCUUUGAUUAGCAUCCUGACAGUUACUGGUCAGCACAGAAGUGGCUUUUUCUUUUUUUUUUUUGUGCUUUUCUCGCCACCAGCUAAUCAGAGACUGCUUGAUGAAGAUUUAGUCAUAUUAAAAAAACAAACGACGACCACACUUUCUCCUGGCCUGAUGAACACAUAACCUGUAUUUUCUCUCUUCAUUUCUCCAGACAUUUUAUGUCAAAAGCAGUUAUUCUUUAGUUAUGCUUAUUUGUGUUGUAACGAGUCAUUUCUUUACACUUCCAGCAUAUCAAUGUGCAGUUUCAGUUAGAGGAGACAAUAUCUUUUUCAAUUAUGUUUUCAAACAAGCCGUGUUACACUAAGAAGCCAGAGUAGAUAUUUCAUGGGCUUUGUGGGAUAUCUUAGAACUGUAGCAUAAUAAUGAACAAACUAGUUAUCAGGAUUUACUUUUUUAUGCUUCAUGGUCAUGGCUUUAUUUUGCUUUCCUUUUCAAAGUGUGCAUGCUUUACGUUUCUCUUUUUAUUUAGUCUUUGGUCUUAAGACUUGCUUUAUAUUCCAUUUAUUCUUUGUACAUUGUCUCCUAUCAUUAUCUACACUUCAAACAAGGCUCACACAUUCGGAAAUUAUUUUUCACCACACAAAAAGGGACUUCAGCUAAUUCGAAAGAUGCCACACAAAAAGUUUACAUUUCCACUAAAAAACUUUUUUUUUGGGGGGGGGGGGGGGAUUGUUUGUUCUCUGAAUGAAUGUGGCCUUGUUCGUCAUUUCAGUAUUUAAGACUUGUAUACCUGUCAGCAGACUUUGAUUGCGGGUAUAAUGUAUGCCAGUUCCUGCUCUCUUUCCUUCCCUUGUUCAUUUUCUGUUUUUUCCUAUACGUUUUUGCUCCUCUGUUUGCCAAGUUAGACUUUUUGCUGUAUUCCCAGACACUUUCCCUUGUAUAAUAUAUGAAGGAAAAAAGGAAAUCAAAAGGAAAAAAACAACAACAUUUGGCUUAUUUUUCACUGUAGUUAGUCUUUUAUACAAUAAUACUGUAAGAAUAUUUCUUGAAUUCUAAAUAUUACUCUUUCUAGAUUUUUGAAAGCAAAAGUUUUGAGUAAAAAGUUUCUUACUUUAUUUUACUAUAUUAGAUAGUAAAAUGUACGGUUAUUUACAAUAACCUGUCCGUGAUUACAGGAAAUUUUCAAAAAGCAUCUCAAGAACAUGGCUGAAUUUUUGCUCGUAGUUGAGUACUUCAUAAAGCUUCGUAUGAGCUCCAGAUUCAUAAAAGCGAGACCAUGUUCUUCGUCUCUGGUCUCAUUGUCAGUUCAUAAAAGAUUUGUUCCUGUGUCAAAUAAAAAAAAACUAUUGUCGAUGCAUACAUUACAAAACUGCAACAAUGGGAAUUUGAAUUUUCUGUCUUUUUCAACAGAAAAAACACAAUGUAUAUAACAUUUAUGUUGCAAUAAAUGUGCCAUCUUUUUUACACUAAUUUGUAUGUGCAUUUCUUUCUCUCACUGAGCAAACACGUUUGUUUCUGUCCCGUCUCCAUAUUCAUAUGUCCUCUCCAUAAUGUUUUAUUUUUUUUAAAGGCACAGGAAGGAUGAGGCAGGAUGAGCUCAGAAACAAGUGGUAAAUAAAACGUCCUUAAUGUUUUUGUUUUUUCCAGACAUUUCUACAGUGGAUUUAGGCCAAAUGAGUGUUUUAUAGUAUGUAACUCAUUUUUGAAAAUACUACCAGUGGACCAUUUUAGUCUGUAUGGAAAGUGCUAUGAAUAUAUGUUUCUAUUUUUAAUAAAGUGUGAUAGCAGCGUA